GCUGAAUGAACGCGAGGCGCUGCGACGAUGCUGUGCCUACCCGGCGAGCCGGUGAAAAUGUGCAUCAAGAGCGUCGUCUGCGAGGUCCAGAGGCUCGCCGAGUACGAGAGGUACCUGGGCCAGGAGGCGCGCAGCCUCGCCCAGGAGAGCAGCGCGUCGAGUAGCGGCCAGGUCCUGCAGCGCGCGCAGCUCGAGGGCGACCUGCACCGCAUCCAGGAGCUGUUCCCCAACGAUAACCUCCGUCUGCACGAGCAGGACGUCCUUACCACGAAGCCAAAGAAUGUGGCCCGCAAGAGGAACGGCGCGAACAACGCGGCCCGACUGCCCCGUGCCGCGUCGGCCAAGUCGCUCAACUGCGGCCCGUCGCAGCCGGCCGGCAAGCCGUCGCCCGCCAGGACCUUCCUGCUGGAGACCCCGGUGCAGUUCACGACGGGAAUGCAGUCCCAGGAGCGGCACCUCUUCCUCUUCUCCGACCUGCUGCUGAUCGCCAAGGCGCGCAGCGGCGGCACCUUCAAGCUCAAGCAGUCCAUCCGGAUGAGCGAGCUCUGGCUGACGGCCAACCACAUCGAGGACGUUGCCGAAAGCAACAAAUCCCAGGAAACCAGCUUCGUCCUCGGUUGGCCCACCACCAACGUCGUGGCUACCUUCAUGACUGCGGCGGCGCGAGAUCUGUGGUGGGGCCGCCUGAGCGAGCUCGUACGCGAGGAGAGCCUGAAGGAGCCACCAGAGACCAACAUCCAGGUCGUGUAUCACGACAGCGAGACCAACACGGAAUACUGCAAGAAGAUCUUGGUGAGCUCGGAGAUGACGGCGGCCGGCUGCGUCAACCUGGCCACUCGGCUGCUGGACCUGCAGGGGCCCUUUCAGCUGUGGGCACGAACCUGCUCCGAGGAGGCGCCCUACCCGCUCAUCGGCCACGAGCGCCCCUUCGCCGUCAAGCUGUCCAAUCUGCGGCACAAGCUCUCGCUGGAGGAGGGCUUCGACCUGGAGCACUGCAACAAGAGCGGCCACGACACCUGCCACUUCAUCCUGCGGCCGAUCCUCAAGUCGCCCGCCAAGAAGAACAAAUCCAAGAUCACGGGCCUGCUGCGCAGGUCGCUCUCGCUCAACCCCAGCGUCUUCGGCGUCAACCUGUCGCGGCUGGACGAGAACGGCCUACCCAAGCCGGUGCUCGUCAUGCUGCAGCAGCUCUUCGCCAAAGGGCCCUUCACCCAGGGCAUCUUCCGCAAGUCGGCCAACGUGCGCAUCGUGCGCGAGCUCCGCGACCAAAUCGAGUCGAGCGGCGAGUCCGGAUGCCUCGAGGACGCCCCGAUCAUCGCCGUAGCCGCCCUGCUCAAGGACUUCCUGCGCUCGCUGCCGGACCCGCUGCUCACCUCCCACCUCUUCCCGCUGUGGAUGGCUAGUCUCGAGUCGGCCGAUCCGAUCAAGACCAUCAAAAGCAUCCUGGACCGGCUGCCGAAGGCCAACUACACGCUGCUGUCUCACCUGGUCUGCGUGCUGCACCACAUAGCCCGGCGCUCCAAGCACAACCUCAUGUGCGCCAGUAACCUCGGCGUGUGCUGCGGCCCGAGCCUGCUCUGGUCGCCCAGCCCCACCGUCAAUCAGAGCCGCGCGAUCCCGGCCCUCACCGAGAUGCUCAUUCGCCACUGCGAAGCGCUGUUCGGCGAGGCGGUCACCCAGUUGUUCGGCGAGGAGCGCAGCGACAGCGGCGCCGAGGAGAGCACCGACAGCCUGCACUCAGGUGGGCUUUCGCUGGACAGCCUCGACUUGACGGAGCCGCCGCGCAAGGACCACAUGUCGCUGUCCCGCGACUCCGGGUUGACCUUAUCCGACUGCCAAUCCUCGAGCAGCGGCUCGUCAGCGCCUUCACCUUCGCCGAGGUCUUUCUGCAGAGCAUCCUCGGCUCGCUGGACAGCCGCGAGCCCGGUACCCUUCGAGUUCCGAAGCGCCGUUGUCGCUCACGCGUGGCUGGAGACCGUGCUCGACGUAAUCGAGUUACUGCCCGUGGACAUCGUGAAGCGCGAGAUCUUGCCGAUCGCCACGAGCGCGCGCCAACUGUCGCAGAGCGUCAACUCGAGGAUCACUUGUUGCCGACUGCUGGGCAAGGUCGCCACUCGCCUCGACGCCGCUACCGCGAGCAAGGACGUCCUGCCGACGGCGCAGUCGCUCUGCCAGGACGUCAGCGAUGACGUGCGCGCCUGCAUUUGCCUGCAGCUGCGCUUCAUCGGCGACAGCAUGGCCGAGGACGUGGUCAAGCUGCUGCCUCUGCUCGUCCAGUUGGCCGGCGACGAGGAGAGCAACGUCAGGCAGGCGGCUAUUCAGACGAUAGGUCAUCUAUUGCCUCGGCUCAAAUCAGAUUCGGUCAAAGACAUCGUAGUGCCCCUCAUCAAGGUAGCCGCGGAAAACGCGGUCAAAGCGGAAGAGGACGUCAUAUGCGUCAUCUCACAGGAAUUUGGCAAGAUUGCACAAAUUUCUAAAAGUUACUUAACGGCGGCGGAUAAGUCAUGGUUUGUAGAGUAUUUUAUACAACUUGCGCAGAUAGGCACUCCUUCCGCGGCAAACGCGGAGGAGAAGAAGCCAGACUUUACUUUCAUCGGUAACAGCGUUCAAGUCAACGACAGAUUUGUCGAAUGCCGGCGAAGUUGCGCUUUCAACGCACCCGCCAUGUUUCAAUUUGCCUCGACUCUUCCUGAAAAUGUGGACUCGUUAAUUCCUACGUUUCGAAAUCUAGCCAGCGAUUCGUAUUUCAUGGUACGAAGAACAAUAGCGUGUGGCUUGCACGAGGUCGUCAAGGUGUUGGGAUCAAAAAGCAUACUGAUAAAAGCUGAAUUGAUAAGACUUUUGAAGGAUAGUAACGAGGAAGUAUUACAAGGCUUAAUUCCACACGUGUCGGAGAUAUUGGACGUGUUGCAGCAAAAUCAAGUCAUCGGAGCGGACCAAACGGACGCGUCGACAAUAGAUCUAGGUAGGGCAUUAAUAAAAUGCGAAUCAGAAGUCUCGUCGACGAACAAUUGGCGAUUAUCGGCGCUCAUGCUCAAUCAACUGGAAAUAUUGCCAAAGUGUUUUAGUAGCGACUUUAUCUAUACAUAUGUGGUGCCUAUCAUUAGGAAAAGAGUUUUGUACUCGAGACCAUUACCAGUACGUUUAGCCGCUGGCAAAACUCUACUUAUAUUUCUGCGGUAUAAUUUGAAGUCACAGCAGAGAGUCGACAUAAGGAACCAAAUUUGCACAGACUUUGCUCACGCGAGCAGCUGCUACAUGCGCAUGAUAUUCAUUAGGAUGAUGAUCGAUGCUACUAUGAUAUUCUCGUCGAUGUACUUUAAAGAGCACUUUUGCUCGACUUUGUUAAGUUUAAUGGAAGAUCCGGUUGCCAAUGUGAGAUUGAAAGUCGUUACGCUUGUUCCUACGAUUAAGGCUUGUCUCCGGUUACCGGCCGAUAAAAAGUUGUUGUCUACUCUAGAAACCAACGUGCGAAACUUAAUGAGUAAUGAGAAAGACAGAGAUGUGUCAGCUGCUCUUACGGAGGCGGCGUGUCAAAUGGAUAGUAUUGAAGUUCGAGUCGACAGUCAACCGUCACCUACGAAACUUGGCAGGUACGAUUCCGAAGAUAUGAAGAAGUACGAGGAAGAGAAAAAGAUCGAAUCAAUGUUAGGAGGAGCGAACACGACAAACGUCAGUAAUCUCAUUAAAAAGCCAAAUGCUUUGAAAUUACCGCCAACAAGCCGUGCGCCAGCUCUCACUUCUGGCUCUGAGUCACCGGUAAGGCCGACGGUCAAACCCAAGGGUGGUGAAUCUCCGAAAUCAUCUACUCCGCCUAGCAGGCCGUCGCUAGUCAGACAAAUGUCCACGACCACUCGACAAGUGCCAGAUCUUCCUAAAGCUAGUACGUCUAGCGACAUCUUGACCACCUCGAGUUGGUCAAGAUUCACGUGUAACAGCUCUCAACUAGGUCAACAACAACAGCCAUGGGAAAGGGCUAUAUCGUCCUGUCAUAACAUCACACUAACAUUGACUAACCCAACAUACAUGAUGGCUAGCGAUUAUUCGACGGGCCAGCAGCAGCAGCAGCACCAUCACCACCACGGCGCGCACUGCAGCUGUUACGAACUGGCCGAUCGAAUCUUCCGAACGCAAGCUUUCUCACCCGAGCAUCACAAUAAUUACUCGCGGUCCGACUCGAUUCAUUGCUCCUGCCUGAACGGCUCGAAUUACCUUAAAACUACUAAUCUUUUUCACACCAAGCACGACUACAAGUUUUCCGAUUUCACCAAGAGCUCGCUAACCAGCAUGAGGGACGACAAGAACGACAUGAUGCAAGACUCGAUGUUCUCGCGCUCGAGUCUCGCUAACAAAUACCGAUCGCCGGAUAUCGGCGCCUUCCAAUCCCAAUAUAAUCCAUACUGGACUUUUAGCUCGAUGCCGGAGAUACCGGUGACGCUGGUCGACGACGAGUUCAUGGUCGACGCCGGCAUCAGAAUUCCGUCGCAGCUCGGUUCCAACCAGAGCACCUCCAAAAUACCCAAUCUGGAAGAUAUCAUUUACAGAAAUAAAAAGCUCACCAACACCGACAGGCUGAGAAGAAGCAACACCGCCUUCGACAAGAGCAAGCAGUUCAACUUCGCUCUGCGAAAGGGCUUCUCCCUCGACUACGAAGACCCGGUCAGUCAGCCAGCGUCGAUGGCGAACAAUCGCGACUCCUCCUCGUCGUACUCGUCUCAAACGAGCCCGGAGGACAGGCCGAAAAGCAGCGGCAUCGGCUCGCAGAACAGAGCGCGCUUCGGCUUCGAGAUGCAGGCCCAGAGGAAAGCCAUGCAAGAGGACAAGGCCAAGCAGCGCAACUCGAUCCUCGUCGAGAAGGACCGCAUGAAGCCGCUGCAGCCGAGGAACAACAUCGGCGAGAAGAGCAAGAGGCACUCGGCUGGUUACGCUGGCGUGAAGCUCCCGGAGAGCAAGGAGACGACCAACAAGCUCGUCAAGUUCAAGCGGCACAGCAUCGAGGUGCCGGACUACCACCCCGACAGAAACACCAGCGCCUCGCGCAACAUCCGCAGACUCAACACCCUCGACGUCAACCACAAUCAAGGUCUCAGCAAAAUUCCCGUGCGAAGCAUUCACGUUUCUGGCAGUCGAACUGCGCCGGUCACCAGAACUUCCAGCCCCAUACGGGUCGAUCCCGAGCUCUUUCAGAGCGUCGCUUACAAGAGCUCCGAGGGCUUCUCGCAGGAAAGGCGCCUGAGGAGAUUCAGAUCCAGCGACGAGGAAGUGGACAAGCUAUGCCAGAAAUUCUGACAGAGUGGUCGACCUGACAGUCCGCUAUGAGCUACAGACAUAUCCGAGUAGGCUUUUUCAAGCCGCAUGUUUCGUAUGUUACGUGAAGUCGGCGCGCGUUUUUUGCUAAUCGUUAUACUUGCCAAUUGUUUCGUAAAAGGAAGAGGAAGAAGUCGACGAGCAAUUUGUUGCGACGCAACAGCUACGAAAAUCUUUCGUUUUCCAAGUAGUCAUUUUUCCCGUGACAACUGCGUACGGUACUUGUACGUGCACUCGCGGCGAGCGCGCUUUUUUGUUCAUUUCACGGCAACACACACGAACACAUCAACGAACACGUGUCUGUAUCUCAACAAUAACAUUCGAUUUAACGAGCGAUACGCGUGCGCGUGCGUAAACUCGACUGUGCCUAAAUUAGCAAUUGUUUAUUCCAAGAAUAUUUUCCAAGUAAAUAUCGUUACGCGAUUAAGCAUUUUUCUAUGUAUAACUUCGUCUUGUCGAAUUUUAGCCUUCCUCUAUGUAUUAGUCGUAGUUACCAGUUAUGAACGUUAUAACUGAAACUUAUAGUACCUGGCAAAAAAUGAGAGUUAAUGCAGAUUCUAUCGUAGAUUAACAUAAUCAUUCUGUACUUAUUAUUAGUUAUUUCAGGGCCACUCGACAGUGCUUAAACAAUUUUUCGUUUUUAACGGAUCGCAUGCACUGACUUGUGAUAUAUAAUAUUUAUAUAUAUUGAAUUUUCAAAUUCAAAUUUCCAAAAAUGUAUACGAAUCUCAUACCUGAAGCGCAUACAGGGUAUUUCAAACAUCAAAAGAAAAAAAAGAAAAAUGUGUCAAGUCAUUAUUUUACACAAACAAGUAUCGAGUUUCAUCGAAGUUCACACACACAAACACACACACGACUGCGAAGAAUUUGUGAUUUGUUUGUAAACAACAUUGCGAGAUUCAAGAUAACAAAUUAUGAUAAAUAUCAACGAUACGUAACGCAAUUUUUUCGAUAAUCUUCUACAUAUCAAAAUGAUACUUUUCCAUACACCAGUAAUCUCACAAUAGCCUCAAUGUGUCUGACUUGUUUAAAAUAUUACGAACGGAUCUACCUUCGAAUGAUGCUCGAUAUAAACGAACAACUUUGGAUAUAUUUUGAAAAAAAAUUAUUUUCAAUCUUGCCUAACUUUGAGAGAAAAAUAUGUGUCUGCGACAUAAAAAAAGACUUUCUAGUGUUUUCAGAAGUAAAAAGUCCGGACGUAGAAUUAUUACAGUAUAGUUUAUACAAUUUUUACAUAACAGUAGUAUUAAUCCUUAGAGCAUUUUAACGCAUGUGUUUAACGUAUGUGUACUUUUAGAGGAGCGCAAAGUACUUAUUUUAAGAGUCUUUAUUUUUAGCGUCUUAACUCGCUCCUACUUAUAUAUACGUUGAUUUUGCGUUUAAAGUUACAGCUAGAUAAACAAAGGGCAUUUCCUCGUGUUUUUUUAACGUUAGAUCAAAAGGAUUAUUCGCAUUAAUGCUUUUUAUGACGUCCACGAGGUACUUGAGCAUAUUUGACAAAUAUUAAAAAAAAUAUAAGUAACGUUAUUCAUUAUGAAUGAUUCAAGUGAAAGACUGUCAAAACAAGAUUAAUAUUUACAUUUUAUUAAACAAAAUGAAUAUUUAGUGCAUUCAUCGUGCAUUACAAACCUUCCUUCCAGUUACUCACACCAAUUAUUAUAAUGUAUUGGCCAGUUUAUAUCUCAGUUCUUUUGUGAAAGUGAGAGCCGCGUGAAAGUUAAAAAACUAAAUCAAUAAUCCUCUACUCGUACGUGCAGGUUACAACUUUUUGACAUUUUCAUUGAUGAACAAGUUGUAGUUUUCAUUUUUUCACGGUUUUUCAAAUUCCUGUAAAAAAGAACUUUCCAACUUCGUAACCAAAAUCCGAAGAAUUACUUUUGAUUUCAAUAGGUAGAUGGGCGACUCUGCGUAGAGCAUAGAUUUUUAUAAAAUUUAAAAAAAAUGCAUUUCGUGAAUUCUAUUUACAGUAUGCGAAGUGGAAUGUCUAAUAUUUUGAAGAAAUUUUUAUACAUUGUUGUAACAAUGUCUGUUGAGAGAAAAAACGAACCAUAUAUAUACACAUAACAUACCGUCAGAAAUAGCCAGUCUGAUGCGUUUAUUAAAAUUAGUUAGAUGAAUGUUUAAAAGAGAGAUUUUUAAAUCUGUUUAGAGACAAAACAUGAUAUGAUGUACACCAAAAGAAAAACACUACUUAGAAUGACUAGUAUGUACGAAGUUUUGCUGAUCCGCUGAGAUUUAUAUAUAUUUUAGCUAAUAAGUCUCUUCAAAUAAUACAAGUAAAACAAAGAAAUAAUCUAACCGACGGUUAUUCAUUGUACGUUUUAUGUAGACAAAGCUCGGAGGUACGUCGGCCAAGAAACCGCGACAGUCACAGACCCACGUGACAAAGACACAAAACUCGACCAAAACUGGAAAAUCGGAGAAGCCGAUGAGCGCGCGCAAGAUCUGAAAAGUCCCUCCGAUUAGCGCUAGAUAAGUAUAUAUAGAUACGUAGCAACUUACUUACCGUGCGCAUUGUACGAUAUAUAUAUAUACACA